UUGCAUCAUUCUAUGUUAGAUUCUUAACGCAUAAUCCUGAUUCAAAAUGUCUUUUAUAAAAUUAGAAUGUUUGUUAAGUGUUAUAAUUUUUACGGCUUUCAUUAACCCCUCGUCCACACAAUUUCGUGGGAGUAGCAGAAGGACGGAGUCUUCGUGUGAAAAGCUCAGGAACAGUGCAGGAAAAGAGUAUUUGCUGGAUCAGGAGUCACAACGAUGUUAUCUCGUUGGCUCUCGAGGACCGUGUGGGGAGUUGAUGACAUUUUAUAGAAAUCCAUCCAGGAGAUUUUCCAAGUACGGGUUUUGCGACUGUGACCAGGGAAAUGUCGACAAUGACGCGCCCUGCAAAGACAGCCCAAUCCGGAGAAGAGUUUACAUCCAUGCAGAUAGACGCUGUUACACCGUGUUUUCACAGGCUCACUGCAAAAGCGGACAAUGGUUGGUGCUGGACGAAUCUGAAAGUCGAGGGGUCUGCGUCCCUAAUCCGUGCUUGUCACGUGGGAAAUCUCGCGACACGGAUGACCAGUUCUGGUUUUAUGACCCCUUAAGACGACAGUGUUACAAGUCAUUCUCUCAAGGAUACUGCCCCCAAGGACAACAACUCGAACUCGUGCAUGAUUCGCAGUACCCGGAGUGCAGGACUCCAAAAUGUUCCUCCAGCUUGGCCUAUGGCAUCCGUUCCGUUGUUUCUUGUCAGAGUGGGAGCAGAUUUAGCUACUUGACUCGUUCCUGUAGUAAAUCUCUCUACACAAACUUCCUUGGAUUUGGUCGUAUCGGUUGAACAAACGAAUUAGCGACAUAUGCAAAUACAGAUUGUAUUUAAGUAAUUAUAUGUCCAACAGGUUACUACUUAUCAAGUAUUAAAAAUAUGUAUAUUUCCGUAAAUGUAAUUUUAUUCGCCAUUCUAUACAAAUGUACGAAGGAGGGUAAAUAAAUUGUGUGAAUGUUAAGUAGUUGAUAAA